AUGCCACGCUUGAACGAGAAGACCCGACUGUUACCCGCUGUACAAGCCCUAUACGGCUCUACCAGCAACAAGCUCAAGAUCAAACGUUGUCUGAUCAUCCUGGGCAUUGUGACUGCAGUGGUUCUGGCUGGAUCUAGUGUGUGGUGGCUGUUCUUCGACGACCACGAGCCUGCAGAAGGCAUUGCAGACGAAUACAUCUGCGGUGACACCAAGAAUGAGGCCGGGUACAUCAAACUACCCAACAAGAACGACGAUCAUUACUUCUAUUGGUUUUUCGAGGCAAAACAUAAUGCGAGCACUGCUCCGCUAGUCAUUUGGCUAACUGGGGGGCCAGGUGGAUCAAGUUUACUGGCACUUUUUAACGAGAAUGGUCCGUGUCGAAUUCAACCAGACCUCACAACAAAAGUGCACCCGUACUCGUGGACAUACGAGGCAAACAUGCUUUGGCUGGAUCAGCCUACAAGCGUCGGGUUCUCGUACAGUUCUGGUGGAGACCACGACUACAACGAGAAGGACGUGGGCGAAAACUUGUAUUGGUUUCUGCAGGGUUUUAUUGAGAUGCAUCCGGAGUUUGAUGGACGAGAGUUCUUCUUAACUGGCGAGAGCUAUGGUGGACAUUAUGUCCCUGGAGCGGCACACUACAUAUGGGAACAAAACAAGAAGAACGAGGUCACUGGCGUAAAGAGCAUCAAUCUACAAGGAAUCGCGGUUGGGAACGGAUGGACGGACCCAGUUGUGCAGUACCAACACGCUCCUGAUAUUCUCGACAACUCGUAUAACAUCACGCUGCUCGACGAAGCGGUGGCUGAACAACUCAAGGUCAACGCUGCCAAAUGUGCUCAACUGACGCGCGAGUGUCAGCAAUCUCCCAAUAACUCAUCAUGUGUCGAGCAAGACGCGUUCUGCUUCGAGAACGUCUUCCUUGCACUCUCCGCCAACCAAACUGGUCGCAACCCCUACGAUGUGAGGGAACACUGCGAUUGGGUGGACUUUGGCUUUUGCCAUGGUAUUCCGCUUAUCGAGGAGUUCCUCGCUCAAGAUGCAGUGCACAAAUAUUUGAACGUUGACCGCGACUGGGUCGGGGGUAGUGCCGAAGUAGCCGAAAACUUUGUCAUCGAUACCUUGCAGUCGUUCGACAGUUACGUUGCGGAUCUAUUGAACAACGACGUUCGAGUGCUUCUGUAUAUCGGUGAUGCUGAUGCAAUGUGCAACUGGUGGGGUAAUAAAGCUUGGAUCGACGCUCUCGAGUGGAAGGGCAGCGAGGGCUUCAAUGCAGCGGAGGAGAAGUCGCUGCUGACUCAAGACUUGCUUAACCCUAAUGCUGCUCCGACGGAUACUGGUACGGCGAGAUCUUUCGAGAACCUUGCUUUGGUGCGCGUUUUCAACUCGGGCCACAUGAUCUCAUCAACAAAUUCUUCAAGAAUGAAGCGCUAG